AACCUUUUAGACUCAAAAUGUGGUUAAAUGUGUUGUGUGAACCACAACUUUGCCUGAAGCCCAAGGUCAGUGGAGAUCUGUGACCCUUUCUGUUUAAAAAAAAAAAGUGUGAAAGUCCCAUGGUGAUUGGUGUUGGAGCUCACCUACCACAUCCUGUGCAUCUCCCUCACCCACUGGACUCAGUCCAAACACACACACACACACACACACACACACACACACACACACACACACACACACACGGUUCAGCAUUAGUCUCGCCAGUGGUAUGCCGUCCACACUCACUGCCCUACUCUGCCUCCAGCUAUGUCUGAGCCAGAGGAUCAACACAGAAGAACAGAAUCUCCCGAAACCCAUCAUCUGGGCCCAACCCAGCACCAGGGUCCCAAAAGGAACCCCUGUGUACAUCUGGUGCCAAGGGCCUCAGAGUGCCUCUGAGUAUCAACUGUUCUUUAGAGGAAGCAUUUUGGACUUGAAGAAAGCAGAGUCACAUAGAUCAAGGAGCAAAGUAAACGUCUUCAUUCCACAAAUGACCUUACACACUGCAGGGGAGUACGCUUGCUUCUAUCGGAGUGGGGAGCUUCAAUCAGAACCCAGCGAUCCCCUGGAUCUGGUAGUUACUGGUCUGUAUGACACACCCAAACUCCAGGUUCACCCAGGGCACGAAGUAACCUUGGGGGAGAAUGUGACCUUCUUCUGCCAUCUGGUGUCUGGGACAAGCAAAUUCUUUCUGCUCAAGGAAGGACGAUCCAACCAAGUCCAGCAAAGAUAUGGGAACAGGCAAGCAGAGUUCCCCAUGGGCCCUAUGACUAGAGCCCACAGAGGGACAUACAGAUGUUUUGGCUCUUACAGUGACUAUACAUGGUCUUCCCCCAGUGAGCCUGUGACACUCCUCAUCUCAGGCGUUGGGAACACCAGCCUUGCACCCACAGGCCCUGCUUAUUCUCUUGAUUAUUGGGUGUCUGACUCCACGACUGAAGAAUCAGAAUUACAGGAGGACUCGGCCUUCUGGGAUCAUACUACCCAGAAUCUCAUUCGGAUUGGUCUGGCAUGCAUGGUCCUGAUGGCUGUAGUAUGGCUUUUGGCUGAAGACUGGCUCAGCAGGAAAAGGGAUCAAGAGGGGACCAACAGAUCAGCAAGUUGGGAAUGCAGGAGAAGAUGGAGAGUACAACGUUCCCUUGAAGAGGAACAAAGGGAUGCAAUAUCUAUGUGCGAAGUGAAGGCAACUGCUGGACCUGGGACCAUAUGAGCUUUAUGCUGCCCCCUGGAGGAAGGAAGAGGUCAUUGCAGGAAUGAAGGGGUAGUGUCACUGGUGAGAUGAAGCCUCUAAGUUUCUACUGUAGGCAAAUUCUUGCUGUCUCUGACAAGCUUUGCAUAUUUUAAUGCUUAUUUACUGAAAGCCAUACUUUUAACCACUCUGGUCUUUCCUAGAAAUAGCUACCUUCCAAUGUGCUGGCCGUGGGAAUAUUUCCUUAUUACUUUGGUCUUUUUUCUCUAAUUUUAUUUUAUGUGGAUGGGUGUUUUUCAGGCAUGUAUGUCUGUGCACCAUGUGUGUACCUAG